AUGGUCAUGAAACAGAGCGGUCCAAAAUGGCUCCAUAUACAACAGGAACAAUCAGUUUGGAUCCAAAUCCUGAUGACGAGGAAGAGAAGCAGAAAUUGAUUGCUCAGGUCCUAGAGAGACAGAACACACUGGAUGAUCUAUCACUACGUGUUGACACAGUUAAAGUAGAGAACCUCAAGCUGAAAUCGGAGAACCAGGUCCUAGGACAGUACAUUGAGAAUCUCAUGGCUGCCAGCAGUGUCUUCCAGUCUGCCUCCCCCAAAGCCAAAAAUAAGUAG